AUGGGGACUGCCGAACAUUCGUACCACAGCACCACCGAGGCUGAAAAGGCGAGGAAACCGCCGCGUGGCGUGGCCAUAAUUGGCGGCGGGGUGAUCGGCCUAUCAACUGCCUAUUUCCUUGCCUUGUCUCAUCGCGAAGAUGCACGCCUUACUUCGUCCGCACCGGGCAACCAGAGGCCGCAGAUCACCAUUAUCGAAUCGUCCGAUCGCCUGUGCCCUGCUGCAUCCAGUCAGGCAACCGGUAGCCUUGGUUCUUCCCAAAGGAAAGAGAGCAAGACAGGCCGAGCUGGCCUUGUCUGCCUCUCGUAUCGCCUCCAAGUCAGACUUGCAGAGCAAUACAAUGGCAAAGAUGAAUACGGAUGGAGUGAUCAAACAAUAUAUCGUCUCCAGAAGAAAGGUUCCUCGGAUAGCUCCAGCCCCGGCGGUGGUUCGGGCUCUAAAGGGCCGCCUGUCUCGGUGCCACUCUCUGACCUCCCAGCCUGGGUCCGAGUGAGAGACGAUUGGGACGCUUACAGAGUUUCUUCUCCCCCGAAUGCGGCGCAUCUGGAUCCGAGACGCUUUUGCGAAUUUCUUACGAAACGAGUCAAAGAACUUGGUGUAAGAAUCGAAACAAGUGCUACAGCUACAUCGAUCCAGCUCGAUCCAGCCGGAUCCGCUUUUUCGGCGUUACACGUCCGAACGAGUAGCGGUUUGAGCCAGUCGAUACCUGCCGACUCCGUGGUGAUAGCGGCAGGUCCGUGGUCUGAUCGAGUGUUUGCUACCCUUUUCCCAAGCGCUCAAGUCAAGCUCCCGAUGGACUCAAGAGGAGCGGCAGGAAACCACGCACGUAUCAGAAGUCCGUCUGGCCACGGCGAGGAUAGCGUGCAGGUGUAUUUUACCAACGUGACCCCGGAUGGGAGUAGAUUCGAUGUUACGUCGUUUCCCAAUGGCGAUCUGUACAUUGGAGGCUGGGGCGCUGUUGCAGAGGAGCUCCCACCUUUGGCAACUCAAGUGCUGCCUCAGCCAGCAGAGAUCGAAAAAAUGAUCACUGCCACGAAGCAUUAUGUGAAAGUACCUAAGGACAAGGAUCUGGAAUAUCACGACGCAGGGCGCUGCUAUCGACCCACGGCCGUUCCAAACCGUCCCAUCAUUACCAGGGUCCCGUUUGACUUGCUGUUCGACAGACCCAGUGUCGAUGCCUCCGUGACAGCGGACCCGGGAGGACUCUACAUCAAUACAGGACAUUCUAGCGAUGGAGUUGCCCUUAGUCUAGGCAGUGGGAAGCUAGCAAGCGAGUUGAUCCUGGGACAACCUCUGUCUGUGGACAUCUCGAGCUUGGGCCUCCCAGGAGUUGCAUCAUAUCUCUAA